GCGCCUGGGAGUAUUAAGCAACCCGAGGGCCCCCAAGCCACCGCUCAAUACCGGUUUCUUCCCUGUCUCUACCUCGCUUGCGUGUGUUACCGCACCGGUUUCGUAUGCGCAUGCUCGCCUACAUUACAUAUAUACACGGAAUAUAUCCACGGAAUAUACACACCGGCAUGUAUGCCCCUACACGUACUCAUACAUGCUGCAACCUCCCCACAGGAACAUCAUGUCCGUGAGAGUGGUUGCGCGGAUCCGACCGCUGCUCGACAAGGAGCUCGACAAGGACAUCAUCGUCCGUCCCGCCAGCAACGACGAUGGCAAGAUCAGCAACGUGGUCAAGAUCCCAAGCCCCAAGAACGAGAGCGAGGAGUUCUCCUUCACCUUCAAUGGUGUCUAUGAUCAAGGCACUACUCAGGAGGAGCUGUUCUCGGCCGAAGUUGCUCCUCACCUUAAGUCUCUCUUUCAAGGCCUCGAUGUCACCAUAUUCGCCUAUGGCGUGACCGGAACGGGCAAGACCCAUACGAUGCGCGGUGGAUUGAAGCUGGCCGACCGUGGAGUCAUACCUCGACUCCUCAGCGGCGUUUUCCGCAGAGCUAAGAAGAUAGCUAAGGACUCCGACGGGGAAACAGCCGUCGAUGUUGCCCUCUCGUACUACGAAAUCUACAAUGACAAGGUCUUUGAUCUCCUCGAGCCCCCCGAGAAACGGACGCCUUCGGGUCUGCCUCUCCGCGCAGAGGCUAACGGCAAGACUGUCGUGGCAGGGCUGUCCGAGCGCCCUUGCCAAGACCUCAAGGACUUUGAGCGGCUGUACAUCGAGGCCAACAACAACCGCAUCACGGCCGCUACAAAGCUUAACGCUCACAGCAGCCGGAGUCACGCUAUCUUGCGGGUCAAGCUAACGCAGACCACCGGGGAUAUGAUCCGGGAGAGCACGGCGUCGGCCAUCGACCUUGCCGGCUCCGAAGACAACCGUCGGACCGAGAACGGCAAGGAGCGACUAGUUGAAUCCGCAGCCAUCAACAAGAGCCUGUUCGUGUUGAGCCAAUGCAUCGAUGCCAUUUCGAGGGGGGAUCGCCGCAUACCGUUCCGCGAGUCCAAGAUGACGCGGAUUCUCUCGCUCGGGCAGAACAACGGGAUUACCAUCAUGAUCUUGAAUCUCGCGCCGAUUCGGAGUUACCACCUCGACACCCUCAGUAGUUUGAAUGUCAGUUCGCGAGCCAAGCGCAUCGAGGUCCGCGAGAUUGAGAACGAGGUCGUUUUUAAGCAACCCCCGCGUACCAACUCUAGCUCCACAGUGGGCAUGUCCCGCCAACCCCUCCGGCCCCUCGCAAAUGCGCAUAACAUUCAUUCGGGGGCCGCGGCGAGCAAAGCUGCGGACAAGCCUGCGGAUCGCCCGGUGAAGGCGUUCAACGUCUAUGCCGAUCGAGCGAAGCCCCAGCCUAUAUCGCGACCCGCAAACACUUCGGUGAAGCGGUCAUCGCCCUCUCACAAGCGUCCUUCCGACUCUGAUAGUGGUGCGCGGCCAACCAAGAUCACGCGACCAGAGAUUCCUCGGCCGUCGCAAGUUCCUCGCGCAUUGAAGCCAUCCCAGCCAGCUCAAUCAGCUCAACCCAUCCAGCCGGCCAUAUCCGCCGAUCUGAUCGAGGCCAUGGUAGAGAAAAAAGUGAGCGAGAUCCUAGCGUCGCGCAGUCGAGCCGAGGCGCUUCCCGAGAUCAACGAAGAGGUGCAGAAGCGCCUCGAGGCGCUGGAGAAACGCAUAGAGGACGGUCGUCACGAUGACUCCCGCUCCGACGGCUUACGCUUCCUUCUCAUGGCGCGGCAGCACAAGGAGCGCGGUGAGGACGCCAGCGCGCUUAAGAUGUACGAGAUGGCGCUGCCCUACUUCCCCGGGCAGGCGAAGCUCAUCGCGAAGAUGGAGAAGCUGAAGGCCCGGUUGGAGGCGAAACGCCAUGGCAAGGAUACGACGACGCACGACAGCGGCCUAGGAGAGGAUGUCGACGAGCGUCCAGUGACGGCCGCGAGGAAGUCCAGAAAGCCCUCUUCCCGGCCCGCGUCGGUUGACGAGGACGACGACUACAACGGCGCGGAGGCGGACGAUGACGAGGAGGAUCUCACCAGCAAGGAUCGCAAGAAAGGUACCAAGAAGUCGAGGGGCGGCGCCGCAGCCGCAGCGGCGAGGUUGUCCCCGAAGAAGUCGAGCGCGGCGAUUGACGAGCGGGGACCCGUGGUCCAGAGCCUCCUGGCCAUCGUCAACUCGCGGGACGUGGACACGAUCAUGAGCCUGCAGGGAUUCGGGCCCAAGAAGGCCCGGGAUCUCGUAGCGUUCUUGGAGGAGGAGGACUGCGGCCCUAUCGGUUCCCUAGCGCAUCUACGAACCGUCCCCGGGAUGGGCGGUCGCGCGGUCGAUCGUGCGUACGAGGGCUUGAUGAGCGCCGCCCGUGCAUAUUGAGGCGUCGCGGUAUCUUCGCUUCCGUCUGUUUCUCUGCUUUCUUCUCCGUUUUGGGUUCUCCCGUGAAGUUGUCCUGUUGCUUGGGACAGGGUGUUCCA